AUGACGUAUGUACGCCGCUCCCUUCAGGAUCUCCAGGACGAGUAUGACAAUAAACGUCCUGAAGCGCUCGACAAGCUAGUCAAGGCUUUCCGGCACAUCCAGAGUCUUCCUGCCCACGAUCCUGACUCUUUCCAUGAGAUCGGCGGUUACCAUGGAGAGCCGUUCCGCUUGGAACCAGAAUCUCACAGCGAAGAUUGGUGGGGAGGGUACUGCUUCCAUGGUUCUGUGCUGUUCCCCACCUGGCAUCGUGCCUACUUGUUACGCCUGGAGCAGGCACUCAGAAAGGUGGAGGGAUGCGGGGAUGUAACACUUCCCUUCUGGGACGAAUGUGCCACAAUGUCCCAGGAAGAGGAUUCUCAGACGCCGAGUAUCAUUCCUGCGGUACUCACUUGGCCUAAAUACACAAUGGACGGCGAAACCUUUGACAAUCCGCUCUAUUCCUUCAAGUUGAAGGAGGCUAUUGGAGAUAAAAUAAAGAGCGCAGGCAACCGGUACAAAAAGCCCGCGGGGUACGAGACUGUCCGGUACCCACUUUUGGGCUUGGUAGGUACAAGCGACGACAUCAAGACGACGAAAGAACAUAACAAUCAAUUCCCGGAUGCCAAAUUAAGGGCAGAGAAGCUCAACGAGAAUGUCGCCAACUGGCUGCGCAUUGGACCGAACAUCCCCGACGACGGCUUCAAUACACCUGUCCCCACAGACACGACCUCCGUAUUCAGCCGAUACAGAAAUUGCUUGGAGACGCCUAGCUUUACUCUGUUUUUGAAUACAACUUCCGAGAAGAAGGCAAUGAGCGUGUCCGCGAAGAACAACGAGGCAAGACACCUAGUGUCUUUGGAAAACCCACAUAAUGCCAUUCACCUUGCAGUCGGAGGGUUUUAUCAACGUGGUAAUUUCAACGCGGAUGUUAUCGUGAAUGCGAAUGGUGACAUGGGUGAUAACGAAACAGCGGGCUUCGAUCCCAUCUUCUUCCUUCACCAUUGCUUUAUCGACUAUGUUUUCUGGAAAUGGCAAGUGAGGCACAAGGCCACAGCGAACCUGGUGAUUGAUGAAAAGGACGAUGGUGCUAAGGUUCCCAAGGGAGGAAUGGUUAAUUUGCCAGAGAAUACCAAGCUGACAAUGGAUACUCCCCUGGCACCCUUCGUCAAGCCCGGCUUCCACUCCACAGGUGACAACAAUGAGAAUUGCUAUACGUCUAACGAUGUUGUCGACAUCGCAAAGCUGGGGUACAAAUACGGUCUGGGGUCGCUGGAUGAGGACAAGCCGAAGACAUCCCCUCGGAAGAAAGGUGGUGCAAUUAAGUAG